AAAAUCCGAAAAACAUCUGAUGAGAAUAUUAAAUACAAACAAAAGCAAACGUGCGACAUGUGCGGUCAACAUCAGUAGCCAAAAAGGAUUGUUGUUUUUUUUUGCCAAGUUUAAAUAAAUCGGCAAAAUUGCGAUCAGCCAGAUGAGCACCAAUACGUACUUUGAUAGCUAUGAGGAUCUAGAGAUCCACCAGCUCAUGCUAGCAGACAAACCUCGCCAGGAUGCCUAUCAGUCUGCUAUCUUGAGUAGCCGAGACCUCUUCAAGGAUAAAACAGUUUUGGACGUCGGUACUGGAACCGGAAUUUUGUCCAUCUUUUGUGCCCAAGCUGGUGCGAGAAAAAUCUAUGCAGUGGAGGCGUCAAACCUGGCCCGACUGGCAAAGGAACUUGUGCAAGAGAAUGGCUUCGAGCAAGUGAUCGAAGUAUUCGAAUGCAAAGUCGAAGACUUUCGGUUGCCAUCGGGAGCCGACAAAGUGGACAUCAUUGUGUCAGAGUGGAUGGGUUUCUUCUUACUGCACGAGGGAAUGCUGGAUUCAGUUAUUUACGCUAGAGAUCAAUUCUUGAAACCCAAUGGCCUGAUGUUUCCGGACACGGCGUCGAUUUUGGUAGCACCCUGUGGCGUCCCGAGCCGUUUCGAUGAUUUCGAAAGCUUGUCCGGGGUUAGCAUGAGAGCAUUCGGUCGAGAACUGCGAAAACAAAAAGCUGACAAGCCGGAAAUCUUAAAUGUAGCACCAGAGCAUUUGUUACACGAGGGGCACAUAAUGACGUGGCUGGAUCUGAAGGAAGUUAGCACGGAAGACUUAAGUUCUUUCGACAUGAAGGAGGUGAUGGUCAUCCAGAACUCAGGCAAAUUCCAAGGUGUUUGUAUCUGGUUCGAUUGCACGUUUCCGAGUGGGGACUCCAGUCAGGUGAAUGGGGUUGUUCUAUCGACAAACCCCAAAUGUCCUGCCACUCACUGGAAGCAGAGUGUGAUUCUAUUACCGGAAGAUGCUUGCGAAGAAGUGGACAAAUUGGACCCAAUUGCGUUCAGCUUGAGUCUAACGAGAAACCCAGAAAACUGUAGACGAUACAAUUUGCAACUGACACUGCUAGACGUGGAAAAGGAAGAACAUGGCUUACCUUGCGACUGCGUGAUGACUAAGUGCAUCCUCAUGAAGACCCAUUUACAGAAAAUGGAAGUUGAUCAAUAAAGCCUUAUUUUAUGUUACCUCCUAA